AUGUCCAAUUGUUCCUCUGACGACGAGUUUGAAAAGCUCGAGCCUACUUUACAGAAUGUGUUGGAUCAGAAAUCGCUGCAUUGGAUUUUCGUUGGUGGAAAGGGUGGUGUUGGUAAAACGACCACCUCCUGUUCUCUCGCCGUACAACUGAGCAAAGUCAGGGAGUCUGUUUUACUAAUAUCCACAGAUCCGGCACAUAAUUUGAGUGACGCCUUCGGGCAAAAGUUUAGCAAAGAGGCCACGUUGGUGGAUGGGUUUACAAAUUUGUACGCCAUGGAAAUCGACCCAACCUCAUCAAUUCAAGAAAUGCUAGCUCAAUCUGAACAGCAUGCCAUGGGAUCCAUGAUGCAAGAUCUUGCGUUCGCCAUUCCAGGUGUUGACGAAGCAAUGGGAUUUGCAGAAGUCAUGAAGCAAGUAAAAACGAUGGAAUAUUCGGUAAUCAUUUUUGAUACGGCGCCCACGGGUCAUACUUUACGAUUCUUGAGUUUCCCCAGUGUUUUGGAAAAGGCUUUAGAAAAGAUUUCACAAUUGAGCGGACGGUUUGGACCAAUGUUUCAGCAAAUGUCCGGGAUGAUGGGUCUCAAUGCCAAUCAAGAAGACAUGUUUGGGAAACUCGAAGGAAUGCGAGCUAUCAUCACGGAGGUUAACAAUCAAUUCAAAGAUCCGGACAAGACGACGUUUAUCUGCGUGUGCAUUCCCGAAUUCUUGUCUCUCUUUGAGACCGAACGCAUGAUCCAAGAGUUAACCGCAUAUCACAUUGACACUCACAAUAUUGUGGUAAAUCAACUAUUGUUUCCACAAAAAGGUUCUAAUUGCGAACAUUGCAUUGUUCGAAACAAGAUGCAACGAAAAUAUCUGGAUCAAAUUUACGACUUAUAUGAAGAUUUUCACAUUGUGUUAAUGCCACUUUUGACCAAAGAGAUACGCAAGACAGAGGACAUCAAGGAGUUCUCGAAAAUGUUGAUUGAACCGUACGUGCCACCGGAUCAUUUAUCAAUGGAUGAUGGUCAAUGA